AUGGCACCUUCUAAAAUUGACAUCACCCACUUACCGUCGACACAAUAUGUCAACACUAAAUCAACUCUUGACUCCGAGGAUAAGGAUCAUUUGCUCCAUCGCUCCUUUAUCGAUCCCCCGUCUCUAGUUGAGCGAGCUGAGGGUGUGAACCUAUUCCUUUCCGAUGGAAGGAAGAUCAUCGACGCCUGUGCAGGCGCAGCGGUAGCUCUAAUCGGGCAUGGAAACAAGGAAGUCCAUCAAGCUAUCGUCAACCAGCUGCAAAAGGUCAGCUAUGUCCAUACACAAUCUUAUACUACCCAGCCCGCGGAAGACCUCGCAAAUCUCAUCCUACAAGGAAGCCCACAUGGUCUUGAAAAAGCUUUCUUCGUGGGAAGUGGGAGCGAAGCUGUCGAAUCCGCUUUGAAACUUGCACGUCAAUAUUAUUUUGAAAAGAAUGAACCAGAACGGUUACAUAUCAUCUCGCGCCGACAGGGUUAUCACGGAAAUACAAUGGCCACCAUGACAAUUUCCGGGAACCUUGGCCGGAAAGUUCCAUUCGAAGGAUUCUCGUACCCGCAUACAUCGCAAGUCUCGCCCGCCUUUGCCUAUCGGUAUAUGCAAGAGGAUGAGACGGAAAUGGAAUAUACCCCACGGCUUCUGCGCGAGAUUGAAGACGAGUUCCUCUGCGUGGGUCCUCACAAAGUCAUGGCAUUUAUUGCCGAGCCAGUGGCUGGAUCUGGCAUUGGUAGUGCCACUCCGCCUGCGGGUUAUCUGGCUGGACUUCGCGCGUUGUGUGAUAAAUACGGCGUCCUGCUCAUAUUCGACGAAAUUAUGUGUGGUGUAGGCCGAACGGGGACCUUCUUCGCCUUCGAACAAGAGGGCAAUGCUGUACCUGAUAUCAUGACCAUCGCAAAAGGCCUUGGAGGUGGAUAUGCUCCUAUCUCAGGUGUUCUUGUUCACAAGCGGGUUGUUGAUGUCCUUCGGCACGGAUCAAAAGCCUUCAAUCAUGGUCAUACAUAUCAAGCCCAUCCUACCUCUUGUGCGGCUGCAUUGGCAGUCCAGAAAAUUAUCCUACGAGAUGGACUGAUUGCUAGAUGCGCCGCCAUGGGAAAGAUUUUGGAAUCGAUGCUUCGAACCGAGUUGCGGGACUGCUGGUCUGUUGGAGACAUCCGCGGACGAGGGCUAUUCUGGACUGUUGAAUUUGUCAAGGACAAGAAGACGAAGGAGACGUUCGACCCGAGGAUUCACUUUGGAGCGCGCGUUCAACAAGCUGCAUUCGACGAAGGGGUUGCUCUCUACCCUUGCAGUGGAACAGUAGAUGGUAAACGGGGUGACCAUGUGAUGCUUGCACCGCCUUUUAUAAUAACUGAGGAAGAGCUCAGCACUGUCUGCAAGGUCUUGCGUGAGGCUAUUGAAUCUCAGCAGCAGCUGUUUUCGUGA